AUGGCACCAAGUUUUGAUUGUGCAUUUUCAAGUCUUCUAUGUGAAGAAGACAACUUCAGCAUUAUCGAUGAUUACUUUGGUGGGGUGAGGGAGUUUGGGGCAAAGGCAUGGAAUCAUAGAUUUUAUCGAAACUCGAAUCAAAACCGAGUCUUUGAUGGAGUUGGGUUGCCGAGUGAAGAAUGCGUGGCUUUAAUGGUUGAGAAAGAACACCGACAUCUUCCCAGUGCUGAUUACUUGAAGAGGCUACAGAGUGGUGAUUUAGACCCGGCGGCUAGACAAGAAGCUAUUGAUUUUAUCCGCAAGGUUCGUGCACAUUUCAGUUUUGGACCAUUGUGCGAGUAUUUAUCAGUAAACUACUUGGACAGGUUUCUGUCUGCCUAUGAAUUACCCAAGGGUAAAGGUUGGACGAUGCAAUUACUAGCUGUGGCAUGUGUAUCUCUUGCAGCCAAAAUGGAGGAGACUGAAGUUCCAUUACUUUUAGAUUUACAGGUUAGGGAAUGUAAAUUUGUGUUUGAGGCUACAGCUAUACAAAGAAUGGAGGUUUUAGUGCUGAGCACAUUGAGUUGGAGGAUGCAAGCAAUCACCCCAUUCUCCUUCAUAGACUAUUUCCUUUACAAGUUCCAUGAUGAUAAAAUCCCACCAAGGAGUUCAGUAUUGAGAUCAAUCCAACUAAUCUCAACCACAAUAACAGGGAUUGACUUGUUGGAAUUCAAACCUUCUGAGAUUGCAGCAGCAGUGGCCAUAAAAACCACAACAGUGGACACUGAGAAAGCUAUGUCUUUUCUCACUGAACAUGCACAAAAGGAAAGAGUGAUUAAGUGUGUGGGACUGAUGCGUGAGAUGUCAUUGGUUGGUGCCACCCCCGUCCCAUCAGUGCCCCAGAGCCCGAUCGGGGUGCUGGAUGCCGCUAGCCUGAGCUAUAAAGGCGACGACACCAGUCCCGAUACCAAAAGGAGAAAGCUUAACAGGCCCUGUGAAAUGGAACUGUAA